AUGUGUGUGUGGUGUGUGUGUGUGUGUGUGUGUUGUGUUUCUGGCAAGGAGAAAUUAUGUUUCUCCAGCAGGGACGUCCAAUUACAGCACAGAGAUUCGCCACGCUGCCUGGAGAUGCUUAUGUUCCUACGCAACCGCCGGAUUCUGCCUCCGCCUGCCAGUCAAGCGAAACCAGCGUCCUGCCACGUCGAUCGCACGCUGCUUGGAGAUGCUAAGCUCUACAACCCGAAACGCAGAGCGGCAGCAAAAAUCAGGUCCCCCCCCGGAGCCGGAAAUACACCCGCGGCCGAGCGCGGGCCACGGUCAAACGGCGCGGCGGCGGGCGGCGGCGGCGGCGGCGCGGCGGCGAGGGCGGGAGGGCGGCGGGGGCGGGACGAGGCGAGGCGACCGGCGCGGCGCGGCGCCCAGCGACGCCAGCGCCGCCGCGGCCGCGCGGGCGCCCGGCGACGGCGGGCGUCGCGGAGAAGGCCAGUUCGCCAACGCCUUCGGCGCCCGCAACUCGAGGCAGCAGCAGCAGCAACAGUAGCGACGGCAGCCGUUCUCGCUCGCGAACGCUCCGCGCCAAAACAAAGCGAACGCGCGGGAGUCGUUACGUUUAAUAAGGGUCGAAAGAGGAAAAUGUGCCCGAAGCGGGGAACUUUUUGA